UACGAUGACAGUUCGGAAAGUUUGAUGCUUCUAAACAGUUAAGUUCUACUUGUUUGUUGUGUUAGGUUCACAGUGAAUAACAAAAUGAAUAUUUCCCCAAUAAACGAGCAGUCUAAUGGUUGCGAAGAUGAAAGUUUUAUUAAAGUCGAAGAGACACGCUUAAGUGAGCCGAUCGAUCAACCGGAUAACAUCCAUGAUACCCCAUCGGCUGACAAGAACAAAUCGCAGAAGUCUUUCGAGUGUAAUCAAUGUGGAAAGAAGCUUAGCCGUCGGAAUUCACUUUUGCUGCACAAGCUAAUGCAUUCAGAUAAUGGAUCCUUCAGCUGCGAAAUCUGCGACAAAAGGUUCAGGGAAAAGGAGGUUUUGAGGAGACACCUAACAAGGCACAAAAGGAAUUUUAAAUGUGAUGUCUGCGGAAAAGGGUUUCCCUUUAAGCAUAGACUAUCGAUGCACGCGUUGUCUCACUCGAACGAUCCGGCCAUACGAAAGUUCAAAUGUGAGAUUUGUGACAAAGCGUUCAAGAUUCGCAGCAAUCUGAACCGGCACCGGCGCGCAUCGCACAUCGAUGUUAAAAGGCCUUUCGAAUGUAACGUGUGCGGGAAUUAUUAUGUCGAUCAGAGAGUCCUGAGCCGGCACAAGUUGAGUCAUUCCAACGAGCGAUCUUUCAAGUGCGAAUUCUGUGACAAAACGUUCAACGAUGAGUGGUCCCUGAUGCGGCACCAGAAUACUCACCCUAAAAGGAUAAAACCUUUCGCGUGUGACGAGUGUCCGAAAGCAUUCGUUUGCUAUAAAUCGCUGAGCAAACACAAGUCCGUUCAUUCUGAUGGACAAGCUAACAAAUGCAAAAUCUGUCAGAAAAAUUACCCGGUAAGUUACCUCAAGAUUCACAUGCGAGUGCAUACUGGCAAUCAGCGCUAUAAAUGCGAAGUAUGUGGAAAAAUUCUUUCGUCUAAAAAUAACCUCGAGAUGCACAUGAAAAUUCAUCGUGGCGAAAAGCCUUACAAAUGCGAGAUUUGCGGCAUAAGUUACUCCAGCAACUUUUACCUGAAGGCACAUCUAUGGUCGCACACAGAGGAGGAACUAAUCGGUUGUGACAUUUGUGGUAAACGAUUUACAAUGAAAAGAAGUCUGCAAUAUCACAUGACAGUGCAUACGAAUGAUCGCCCCCACAAGUGUGGCACCUGUGGGAAAGGAUUUUGCGUACUUUGUCUAAACUAGCUGUAAGGUUUUUUCUCCUGUUUGAGUUAUCCUCAUACCAAGCGAUUUCGCGGUAAAAAAAACUUUCUGCAUUAGUCCAUCUGUUGUGAAAAGAAAUUUAUCUUGAGAAUAAAGCUACACCUAUUUCAGAUCA